CUCUCUUGACCUAUCUGGGACUUGUCGUUCUUUCGUUUUCACUUCUCCCAACCAAACGAGCUCCUUUAAAGUAUUCUCAUCGGGUUGCGACAAAAUAAUCCUGACCGAAGGCGAACGCAAUCAAAAACAUCAAGCUAAAGAGGAGAGACGUGGAAGAUGAGGUGAGGAAAUCCAGGCUACGAAGAGCAACUGUAAAAAGAAAAUGAGGUAUCCCGCAGAAGUCACUAUGAAAGAGCGCCACCCUCAGAAGCACGAUCCCCUCCUCAUUAAACGGGAGGAGUCGGAGAUGCCGUACAUUAAACAGGAGCAGGAGCCAGAGACCCCCAGUAUUAAAGAAGAAGAACAGGAAGAGGAAAUCCCCAAGUUUUUAAUGACUGUCAGUGUAAAGAGUGAAGAAGAUGAAGGUCCAAGCGAAAAGAGCGGAGCAGCAAAACCUUCGAGCGACAGCUCAUUUCAAAACUUGACAACAAAAGGAGAGGGACAAUCGCAACCUGACGGUUUGUUAGCGCCGCUCUCAGAGAGUGACGACGUAACUUCACACUCUUCUGAUUUUAACACUGAUGAGGAGGAUAAGGACUUUGACCAAGAUGCUUCAAAAUUCUUCAACAAGUCUUCAUUGAAAAGAAGCACAAAAGUGGUUGGGAAACCUUUUACCUGCUCACUUUGUGAGAAAACAUUUUCUCAGAAAAAUCUCUUAAAAAGACACAUGCGUACACACACCGGAGAGAAGCCUUUUCCCUGCUCAGUUUGCCAUAAAAGAUUCUCUCGGAAAGAACUACUAAACCGUCACUUUAAAGCACACACUGGAGAGAAGCCUUUUCAAUGCACAUCUUGUGGUAGAGCGUUCACUUCUAAGGGAUGUUUAAAGAGACACACACUCACACACACUGGAGAGAAGCCUUUUGUCUGCACAAGUUGUGGUAAAAGAUUCAUCGCGAAAGACGUUUUAAUCAACCACACAAGAACACACACUGGAGAGAAGCUUUUUGCCUGCUCUCACUGCAAUAAAAGAUUUUGUAAGAAGCAUGAUUUAACAAUACACACGCGUACACACACUGGAGAGAAGCCUUUUGCCUGCUCUCGCUGCAAUAAAAGAUUUUGUACGAAGCAUGAUUUAACAAGACACACACGUACACACACUGGAGAGAAGCCUUUUGCCUGCUCAGUUUGCCAUAAAAGAUUCUCUCGGAAAGAACUACUAAACCGUCACUUUAAAACACACACUAGAGAGAAGCCUUUGCAAUGCACAUCUUGUGGUAGAGCAUUCACUUAUAAGGGAUGUUUAAAGAGACACACAAGAACACACACUGGAGAGACGCCUUUUGCCUGCUCUCGCUGCGAAAAAAGAUUUUGUUCGAGGCAAUCGUUAACAAAACACACGAGUACACACACUGGGUGAAAAGAAUUUUCUCUGCACACUUUGUGGUUAAAGAUUUACAAAGCUGAUAGAUGCUGAUCUUUUGUUAUUGCUGUAUCAGUUAGCAUCCGCACAUCAUCUGAAACAAUCACGUAAACUCGACAUAAGUAGUCUACCACUAUUGAAAACGCACAAUAAACAGUACAAAAGGGGUUACAGUGGGGUUUAGUCAACCACUAAUUGUGCAAGUUCUCCCGCUUGAAAAUAUUAGGGAGGCCUGUAAUAGUCA